CUGUGCCGAAUACUGGGGAACCCAGAGACCCCCCAGCUUUCCAAGGACGGGGACAUCCGUAUUGGAGGAGUUUUCUCCAUUCACCGCACAAUUAGGCUACCUGUGCUCUCAUUCAGAAACAAGCUGCCACCUCCAGCCUGCUCCAGCAUAGACCUGAGAGAAUUUCGGUAUGCACAGGCUAUGAUCUUUGCCAUUGAGGAAAUAAACAACAGUAACAGCUUGCUCCCAAAUGUGACCUUGGGUUAUGAGAUCUAUGACAGCUGCACCUCCACAGUGGGUGCUAUGCGGGCUGCCAUGGCGCUUGUGAAUGGCCAGGACCAGACGGCACACAGCGGAUGCGCAGGCAAACCAGUGGUGCAUGCCAUUGUAGGGGAAUCGGAGUCCUCUUCGACUAUCGUCAUAGCAAGGACCACCGGGACAUUUCACAUUCCAAUUAUCAGCCACUUUGCCACGUGUGCAUGUCUGAGCAACAAAAAUGAGUUCCCCACCUUUUUCAGGACCAUUCCCAGUGACUACUACCAGAGCAGAGCACUGGCCCAGAUGGUCAAACACUUUGGCUGGACCUGGGUUGGCACUGUCAGAAGCGACAAUGACUAUGGCAACAAUGGAAUGAGUGUGUUUGAGGAGGCUGCCAAAGAUGAAGGUGUGUGCAUUGAGUACUCAGAGGCCAUAUUAAGAAACUAUCCCCAACAGAGGAUUACAAAGGUUGUUGAAGUUAUUAAAAGGUCCACUUCAAAGGUAAUUAUAGCAUUUUCUUCCCAAAGAGAUAUGGAAGUUUUGCUGGAGGAGAUCCUACUUCAAAAUGUGACAGGUCUCCAGUGGGUCGCCUGUGACUCCUGGAUCACAGCUCGAUAUCUGGCCAUUCCCAGAAUCUCUGCUGUUAUCAGCAGUGUCAUCGGUUUCACCAUUCCAAAGUCCACAGUACCUGGUCUCAGUGAAUUCCUGGUGAAGGUCCAUCCAUCUAAAAGUCCACAAAACGCCCUUUUGAAAGAAUUCUGGGAAGCUUCCUUUGCGUGCAUGUUCUCCCAGAGGAAUGAAACAACAGAUGUGAAGCUUUGCUCAGGCAAGGAGAAGCUGGCAGAGCUGAGUAACGAGUACACUGACUUUUCAGAGCUGAUGUCCAGCAAUGUCUACAAAGCUGUGUAUGCUGUAGCACACGCCCUUCAUGAGCUGCUGACAUGCAAACAGGGCAAAGGGCACACAUUAAAUGAGUCGUGUGUGGUAAAAUAUUUGCAUGAGGUCAAUUUUACAACACACACUGGUGAACGUGUGUAUUUCGACCUUAAUGGAGAUCCAACAGCCCGAUAUGAACUGGUGAACUGGCAGAAGGGGGAAGAUGGAGAAAUAAAGUUUGUCACAAUAGGUUAUUAUGAUGCAUCUCUGCCAGCUGGAAAGCAAUUUACCAUGAACGACAACAAUAUUUUCUGGGCCGGAGAUCCGUUCACGAAGCCCAAGUCCGUCUGCAGUGAAAGCUGCCAACCGGGUACUAGCCAGGCUGUGAUUCGAGGCAAACCUAUAUGCUGCUUCUCCUGUAUUCCAUGUGCUGCUGGGGAGAUCAGCAAUGUAACAGAUUCAACUAAGUGCAUCAAAUGUCCGCUGGAAUAUUGGUCAAAUGAAGACAGAACCGAGUGCAUACUCAAGAAGGUUGAGUUUCUCACCUUUGGAGAAACCAUGGGCAAAAUGCUAACAGCCAUCUCUGUGAUAGGAGCGAGUUUAACAGCAGCAACUGGAUUAAUAUUCUUUCACUUCAUGGAAACACCAAUUGUGAAAGCCAACAACUCAGAGCUGAGCUUCCUGCUGCUCUUCUCGCUCAUUCUGUGUUUCCUUUGCUCUCUCACUUUCAUCGGCCGGCCCUCUCAGUGGUCCUGCAUGCUGCGUCACACAGUGUUCGGGGUCACCUUCGCUAUGUGUAUGUCUUGUGUCCUGGCGAAGACAAUAGUGGUAGUAAAUGCCUUUAAAGCAUCUGUCCCUGGAAGCAAUGUUCUCCAGUGCUCUGCCCCCUUACAGAGACUCAGUGUACUCUGCUGUACUCUCAUUCAAGUUGUAAUAUGUGCAUUGUGGGUGUCACUUGCCCCACCAGUUCCAAACAGAAACACUGCAUACUCAACUGACAAGGUCAUUCUCGAGUGUGACGUAGGCUCAGCCGUGGGCUUCUGGGCUGUGUUGGGCUACAUUGGCCUCCUCUCUCUCAUGUGCUUUGUACUGGCUUUCCUGGCCAGGAAGCUGCCCGACAACUUCAACGAAGCCAAAUUCAUCACAUUCAGCAUGCUCAUAUUCUGUGCGGUGUGGAUCACCUUUAUCCCGGCCUAUGUCAGCUCACCGGGCAAGUUCACUGUAGCUGUUGAGAUCUUUGCCAUUUUGGCUUCCAGUUAUGGUUUGCUGUUCUGCAUUUUUUUGCCUAAAUGUUACAUAAUAUUAUUUAAACCUGAAAAAAAUACUAGGAGGCAUAUAAUGGGUAAAAUGCAUGCUAAAUCCCACUAA